AUGACAAACAACAUUUAUGAUGAAUUCUUUGAAUGUGAUACGAGGAAGAGAAAGAUUGAGGUUUUUGAAGAAGAAGAAAAACUUGAAAGGACUCCCAAACCGCCGACCAAGAAGAGUAGACAUAUUAGUCCCAAGGUCCCUGAAGUUAGUGGUGAAACUAGCCAAGAAAGCUCCUCUCAUUCAAUCCCUUCUGCGACGACUCCUAUUCCAAAUGUGUCUACAUCUUGUGCACCAAAUCGAGUGUCUCAAGACUUAACUGCCAAACUUGAUGUGCUGACAAAUGUUGUGAAUGAGAUUAAAAAGGAUGUCAAUGACAUUAAAAGUGAAAUCAAGCUCAUGAAGGACAAUCAACAACUUAUAAUCACAUUAUUGGGGCAAAGAAAUGAACAAAAGAAUGAUGGAGGAGAAGAAAAAGAAGAGGCAGGUACAGCUGCAAUUGAUACUCAGAAGAGGACGACAAAGAGAAAGAAUAAUAAUCUUACACUUGUUGAGAAUAGAACGAAGAGGAAGAAUGAUGAUGUUGAUAAUGAGAAUAGGACGAAGAGGAAGAAUGAUGAGUUGAUGAACUCUAAGAGGAAGAAGAAUGACGAUAAGAUGAAGAAGACUGAGGAUGAUGAUGAGAUUACAAGAAAGAGGAAUGAGAGGAAGGAGAGGCGAGAGAGGCUGGCGAUUUUGUCAAAGAAGAAGAUUGAUGAUGAGUUGGCCAAGAAGAGGAAUGCUGAGAAGUUGGCCAAGAAGAGGAAGGCUGAGAAGAGGAAAUCGAAAAAGAACGAUGAGGAGGAGGAGGACGAGUACGAGGACGAGGAGACUGAGGAGGAGGAGACUUUGGAGAAGGACGAGGAGACUGAGGAGGAGGACGAGGAGACAGAGGAGGAGGACGAGGAGACUGAGGAGAAUGACGAGAAUGAUGAUUCGCCCCCCACGCCAAAAACCUCUCGCAAAUUGGUUUUUGAUGGCCCAGAGGAGAAGAAUGAUGAUGUGCAUGAGAACAAGGAGAAUAAGGAGGUGGAGGAGAACAAGGAGGAGGGGGAGAAUAAGGAGGUAGAGGAGAAUAAGGAGGAGGAAGUGGAGGUGGAGGAGAAUAAGGAGGUGGAGGAGGACAAGGAAAAGGAGGUGGAGGUGGAGGUGGAGGUGGAGGAGAACAAGGACAAGGAGAAGGAGGUGGAGGUGGAGAAGGAGAAAGAGAAGGAGGUGGAGAAGGAAGCUGAGAAGAAUGACAAGGUAUUGCACCACGCCCUACAUUCAAAUUCCACAAUUUUUCGGAGAAAGAAGAAGUCGAAACAAUUGGGGGAAUACACCGACCCUGGUGGGAAAGGGUUUAAACUAAAUGAUCCGGUUAAGGUUAAUCCUUUGUUACGAAUUGACGAGGAAAAGAUGAAGGAGUUGAAGAAAUGGUUAAAGAGUGAUGCAAAUGAUUUCAAGGAGUUGACGACUUGCUCUGCAGAUCGUUCUUUAUUCAACAGAUUGCUCAAGCCUCAACAAUGGUUACACAAUACGGAGAUAGAUGAAAUCUGUCAUCUACUGAAACGAAGGGUUGAGGAGUUCCCUAAGACAUAUCCAAGAAAUUUCUCAAUUGCUGACUCCAAUUUAUCUCAGAAGAUGAGUAAUCGCUAUGAAGUGUUUACCCCGAAUCCUGCAGGCUACGAAUUCGACGAUCUCAUGGAAUACGUAAUUGGUGAAGGAAGUAAUCCUUGGAAUAUUGUUGAUAUGAUAUACGUACCCUUGAACAUAAAGCAGAAGCACUGGGUCCUGUGCAAGAUUCAUCUUCAAGAUUGGUGCAUAUAUGUAUAUGACUGCGAACAGAAUAUGUUCCCAAAGGAUGAAUAUGACACAUUCUUGGAACCAAUGUGUGUAAUGGUGCCGUACUUGCUUGAACAGGGGUUCAACACGAGCGAUAAACAAAGGUUUCCACAGAUCAAAUUGGAUGCGAUGCCAUAUUCCAUAAUACCACACCCAAUAGUCCCAAAGACAACCAAAAGUGGGGACUGUGGGGUUUUUACUAUUAUGCAUUUGGAAUACCUUACUGCCUCAUUGGAUAUAUCAAAUGUGGUCACUGAAAAUAUGAAUUUUUGGAGAAACAAAUGGGCAGUAAGGUUAUUCCAUCAAAUUGUAGACCCUUGA